AUGGCUCCUGCCGCGAUCGAGCUUGCUCGUCGCGGUUUUGCCCCGGGCGCCGCGUCGCGCGAUUUCUCAGCGCAGUGGAAGAACCCUGGCGACGUCUUUUCCGUGCUCCUCAUCCUCGGCGGCGAUGUCGUCGCCCGCGCCCUCGCACAACUUUCUGGCUCGAAGAUAACGCCGGUCGCAUUUUCAUUCGGAUGGGUUGCGUACGCCGUCUCGGCCGUCGUGAGCGCCGUCGGGGACAACAAGCUGAUGCCGCCCCCCGACACAUCUUGCCAAGUCAUCAAUGCGAAAUCGGGAUUUUCGCGGACAAACAGCUCCUGGAUCAUCGGCCGCAUCGUCAGGGACUACGACGACUGGAAACAUGAAAAGGUCUCAAAACACCUCAAGACUUUGUUGGAUGCUAGGGACAAGUUCGACAGGCAAAAGGCAAAUGAAGAGCGGCGUGGAGCAGGCGACACAUUGAAAUACCCCAAGAGGGCGGGCCUUUGUGUAGCGGUCUACAAGGCAGAGGAAGCACACGCUGGAGUUCCAGGGUACGACUUUGUCUACUGGCUCGGCUUCGGCACAUGCAUCCUACAGCUGGGUAUUGCAGCAAUACCCUGUGGUAUUUAUGGAGAUUGGGCUACAAUUCAGAUAACGGCUGUGGGCAUGUUGCUGUCCUUUUUGACAGGGAGCCUACCUCAGUGGAAGCAUGAAAAAUGGGCGUGUCGUGACAAGUGCGACAAGGACAUUAUCCUGACCAAAGGUAAUGGCAGCCAGCACACCAUUCUCAUCCUAGGCCAAGGGCAAGGGUUUGAUCUUGAAGAUCUCGCCGCCGGUCAGAUCGACACUGAUCUCCUCCCCAAGGCUACGACCAGAUUCGCCUUGCUGGUUCUCGCAGUUCUCUGGGUCUUGCUUCUGAUUACAGCAGCUGGGAUCAAACAAAACACAUGGUUCCUGCUGGCUAUUGGAGGUGUCGGAAUUGCGCAAAAUAUUUAUGCUGCGGGCAAGACGCGAACGCCUGCUGCUUAUGGCAUGCCGCUCACAUUAGUCGAGGUGAUUGGCUCGCCCAAGGUCAUGGAAACUCUUUUCGCGGUAGAAAAAAAGUAUCCAUAUGCAGGCUCAAGCAUGGUAGGCACAUUCUUCCCAGGGGGCAGGUUGACGGAUGACGAAAAAACCGAAUGGCAGCAUCUGGAGUAUAGUGCGAAGGAUAGGCGGGAGGCAUGGGAAGAACAGCAAUUUAAGUAG